UAUGAUUUGUAUUUUUGGAUUCAUUAUCAGUUGUAGUUUGUCGAGGAUCUUCACCAAUUUUAUUGGAGGAAAUUGACAGAUUCCAUAUUUAUGGUGAUGGCCGCAUGUGUUGGAGCCGGAGCCAGAUUGAGAUCGGUCCAGGCUACCAAUUUCCCGCUUUUGGAAGGUGGUUUCAUAGCCACAAAUGCAUCUUCAUCUCCAUUUUAUCGGAGUUGUAGCAGAUUUUAUUUUUUCAGGCGACUUUCUCAGCUCGUCCCACCUAAUGGGAAACGUCUGUUUCUCGUCGAUACCUUAGCCCUAGUUAGGAGAUUAGAAGGCGAAGGUGUACCUUCGAAGCAAGCUGAAGCAAUUACUUCUGCUGUAAUCGAGGUUUUGAAUGACAGUUUGGAAAAUGUGGCUCAGUCUUUUGUCUCCAAGGGUGAAAUGCAAAGGAUUGAGAUGACUCAAGAUGGUAAUCUGGGGAAAUUCAAGUCUCGAGUGCAAAGCUCUCAGGAAAACCAUUUUUCCCUGUUGCAACGUGAGACGGAGAAACUUAAGAGUGAUAUAGAGAAGAUGCGCAAUGAGUUAAGGUAUGAAAUUGACAAAGUCAAAGCAGGACAACGUCUGGAUUUGAAUCUUGAAAGAGGGAGAACUCGGGACGAGCUAUCAAAUCAAAAUCAAGAAACGGCCAACCUAACAAACAAACUUGAUCGAGAAAUUCAAUUGUUAAGGGCCGAGGUGGAGGCAGCAAAAUACGAUGUGAUCAAGUACUGUAUCGGUACUCUUGUCUCGAUUUCUGCUGUUGGUUUGGCCGUCCUACGAAUCCUGAUGUAAAAAGUGAUGUGCCCGGUGUCAUGCCGAUAAAAGGAACAACUCUUUUUAUAUCGUUGAACGGAAAGCUAUCAAUCAAUUAGUUAGAAUUACGGAAAUCAGUUUGUUGAUGAGAAUUUUAAUCUUUGAAAGGUGUAUAACUGAAAUUAUUUGAGUUAUAAACAUUUAAAUUUUGAUUUUAU